GCUUAACAAUACAUUUCAAGGGACACACAACCGCCAAGCCGUGUUUUUGCGUCUCCCUGUCGUUUCCACCUUUGUGUAGCGGAACUUACCUGACAAGUGCAGCUUCUGUUUAACCAGCAAACACCCCGCACGCGGAUACAGCGGAGCGCGCCAGUUUGAAGGCGGGUGUGUGUGUGUUUGUUUGUUAGCUCGCUAGCUAGUUAGCCUUAGCAGCAGGCUAGCAGCAUCACGCUCGGACUCUUCAGUCGGGAGGCUGCAGGAAACUGCAGCCGCUUCUCAGCUCCACCGCAGCGCUCAAGUCCAUCAGAGUGGAUGGUGUUUUGAUGGGACUGGACGUUUGUGAAGCCUCUGAAGCACCUGCCGCCGCUCCGCGCACACGCCAGCAACCUCGGAAAGGUAACGACAAUCAGAGGCCAUAACAGCGCCUCCACUGAGCAGUUUCCUUCCCCCGACUGUGACUCGUCUGUACGACGUCACCAAUGCGACCAUGGGAAAUAGCAGUAACUAGGCUGCCACCAACAGCCCCCCUUAACUCCAGGAGGUUUCUCGGUGAGCCGUGCAGCGCCCCAGUGCAUCUCAGGAGAAGCCCGCCGGUAAGACACCAGUGGGGAAGACAAGACAGACCCGUACUGCAUACUUCCCUGAUCCAGGAUGAGAAUUUCCACCACCUGCUUUUCUCCCACCAUCACCAACAGGUCCCUUUAGAUGAGUCCCGACAGUUCAGCCACACCAGCACAGCCCCACGCAUGCUCCACCCCGCAGCCCACCUGCCCCAGCAGAGCCCCAUCAUGGUGGAUCUGCACGAGCAGAUGCACCAGGGAUCCGUACCGAUAUCGUACACUGUCACGACGGUGACCACCCACGGCUUCCCCAUCCACAGCGGGCAGCCCCUGCCAGGGUGCAGCGCGCAGCAGCUCCCAACAUGCUCGGUAAUGUUCAGCGGACAGCUCUCUCUGCUCUGCUGCCUUCCUCCUCCUCUCAUACAGGCCUGUGCCAUGCAGCAUCUGCCUGUCUCCUAUCAAGCCUUCCCACCGCUGAUCUCCAGCGAACAUUUUGUAUUGCACCCGGCUCCCUCCGCGCCCCCCCACCAGCCGCCGCACCUUACACCUCUGAGCCAGUUCGUCCCUUUACAGCCUCAGCACCCACGCAUGCCUCUACAGAGGGUCGACAAUGAAGUAGACUUAAGAGGGGACCAGCACCCGUUGGGGACCUUCGCCUACCCUCCCUCUCAUCACCCACCAGCGCUGCCUGCUUCUCUGCCCCUCCAGUAUCUUCCUCAAGAGCCGCUGCAUCAGGAGCUUCCCUUUGGAGUGCCAUACCCCCACAUUCUGCCACGGCGAGUGAGCGGCCACAGGUACCGACUCCAGCAGCCUCUCCCUCCGCCGCCUCCUCCGCCGGCCUACUACCCAGGCUUCCUCCCUUACUUCCUCUCGAUGCUUCCUGUGCCUCCCACGGCUGUCGGCCCUGCCAUCAGCCUGGACCUGGAUGUGGACGAUGUGGAGAUGGAGAACUAUGAGGCGCUGCUCAACCUGGCGGAGAGGUUAGGCGAGGCCAAGCCCCGCGGACUCACGAAAGCCGACAUCGAGCAGCUUCCAUCCUACAGGUUCAACUCGGAGAACCAUCUGUCAGAGCAGACGCUGUGCGUCGUGUGCUUCAGUGACUUCGAGUGCCGGCAGCUGCUUCGAGUGUUGCCUUGCAACCACGAGUUCCACGCCAAGUGUGUGGACAAGUGGCUGAAGACCAACCGCACCUGCCCCAUCUGCCGAGCCGACGCGUCAGACGUCCACCGGGAGGCGGAGUGAGACCCGCCGGCACUGCACUCCCUGGAGUUUGUCCCAAAGCUGUGGAAGCCUGCCCCCCGCCCUCCCCCACGAUGUUUCUGGGGGCCCUCGUACCUCCACUGUGCUUCAUUGGUCCACGUCUCACGGAAGCCACCGGCGUGCUGGGCGCUCCUGGCCGCCCCUGCCUGCCCCCGUGUUGCAGAUUCCAAAGAUCCCUCCCUCCCCCUCCUUACCCCUCCACCCGAGAUGCUUCUUUCGCUGCUUUGUUUACAGGGUUCCUCCUUUGGUCCGGCGGCUUGGUCCCUCCACAGAUGCAUGUUAGGGCCAAACAGACUGGCUGGUUGCAAUAAUGCUCCCUCACCUGUCCCCGCGGCGCCACUGACUCCUCUCCGGACCGCACAUCUGUUCCAGAGCAGUUGCCAAACUGCACAAGUGCUACGCCCCGCCCCCCGGGCCCUUCGGCCCCGCCCCCCCGAUCACAGAGCCGACGCAUUGUGUCACCACUGGAUACAGGGCCGCAUGAUCGGGUUUGCAUGACAUGUCGAUUCCGACAAGCAAUAUUUGAAUCCAAACAUCUCCAGUCCAGAAGCCGUUUCCAUGACGACAGAGCCUGGGUCCACCUGGGCUGCGAGGCCGCGCUGAUGUCAUCGGGCUCCCCGGGCCCGAGCGGAGAGCAAUAUGUGCAGAGUGUGGCGAGUUUUCCGUGAACCUUUCCUUCCUCGUUCAGGAAGGCUGCGCCUCCUGAUCUGCCUUCUGACUGUGACAAAGCACAAACCUGCUCCUCCCGCUCCACCCGAGUCCUUCCCAGCGCUUUAUUUAUUAGCUGCGUCUCUUGUGUGCGACGCUGUGCUCACGCCGCAGGGUAGCGCUCCGCGCGAAUGCUCUUAGUUCAGCUGAAGACCCACGAAUGUUGUCCACCCUUGUAGAAGCCACUGGUGACUGGACCUUCCCCAGGUCGAGGUCCAAAGGACACGCCACACUUGUGUCAGUGCUGAGGAAAAAAAGAAAACACACGAGGGUAGAAAGAGAAGCGGAGUCUCUGACUGCCCCGUGGAGCACUAGCUGGCAGGUUCCACCUUUCGCUGGAGAGGACCUGCCUUCCGUUUCUUUGGUGUCUUAUCUGUGAGUCUUUGACGUGCGUGCCACCUUCCAGAGAGAAAAAAAAGAAGCCAUUUAUGAGUUGAACCCGCAGCUUCAUACGUGUACAUAUCUAUUUGCUGGCUUAUAUUGUACGUGAAAAACACUCAGGGCCUCUCAGAAUAAUAACAAAAAAACAAAAGAGAACAUUUGGAAGAGCCAAACGGAGCGGACGCCAUGGAAGCUUCUUUCAGUUCACCACACAAUUAUUUCCUGUACUCCCCAGAUGUUUUGUCGAAAACAGUAGACGUGACGCCAUUUUAACGACAGGCAUGCCAGAAAAAAAAACACGCUAAGAACUGUAUGUUACUCACUUUUAAAAAAAAAAAAAAAAAAGGUAGUGUAUGGUGUAUCUCAUGACUGAAGUAUUAUUCCAGACUUUUGUUCCUGUACUCGACUGUAUAUUCAGAGGAUCACCCCCCCAAAACCAAGGUGUUUUGCAUGAAUUGUGGCGCGUGUGACCGCGGACGGCGCACAUGCAUGCUCGGUCACCCGGGUCCCAACAGAGGUCCGCUGGGGUCGGCGAGGGUUGGGAUCUGGACGCUCAGCUGAUAACUGCCAUGCACUGUACUGCACAGAUUUGUUACACAACUGAAUGAUUUUAUCGCGCUUACUUGGUUUUAUAACAUGAAUAGACAUGAUAUAUACAUAUAAACAUACAUAUAUAUAUACAGUAUAUAUAUAUAUAGAUGAGUCCAGGAACUCUGACACCUGUUGUGUUACUGUCGCCGCCCUGAUGACUGAACAUGAUCCGCUCUGAAACUACUGUAGUCGAUAUCAAAAGCCAUAGUGACAAGGUGCUAGAUGUUCUGCUUUUAGGUCUGAAGAAGUCACUCGCGUGAAUGCAAUAGUUGGCCAUGGAUCCCACGUAUUAACAGCAUGUUGCUCCCCUGAGGACAGUGUCAGUGGACGUCAGUAUAGUUUUAACCCCGUCCAGAACAAGACCACGUGUUGUCAUACUAAUUUCAGUGUCGUAUCAAUAUCUUCAAAUGUAUCGUUCACUCAUGUUGAUAGAAGCACUGUUCAGUUUCCAAGUCCAUGAGGAACCUGCGAAACCGAGGCCACGCCCCCCGAGAGCCGAGUCUGACUGAAUAAUCUCGCGGUGUGGUGGUGUGUGUCGAGUGCAGCUCCAAUAAUGUCGGAUUGUGCUGGCUGCACCGAGGCCAUGGCUCAUUCGUUGCUUUUGUUUUGCUGUAGUGCCCGGCCUGCCCUGCAGGGGGCGCUCACCUGACUCUGUCGGCGGAUAUACUUUGCUUUGGUACUUGCACAUUUACAGUUACCUCAUUGUUUUCCAUGUUUGUAUUGGAGGAUGGAGGUGAGAACUACUAAUAUAUUAGAUGGAGAAAAUGGUUCUUUUGUUCCUCAUUCCGUUGGAAUCGUAUUGUUUGUAGCAUCUUAACAUAACUAGUAACUGUAUGAUAUACACACACACACACUCAUCUGUAUACCGUAUAAAGUUUUUAAGAUUUGUACUUCUUUUUAAAUUAAAACUUGCUAGUCAUGCUUCAACCAAGUAGUGCAAUCAUAUAUAUAUUUUUUAUUUUUGUUUCAUUGUGGCUGAUUGAAGAGGGUUGUUCACUAAUAAAUGUAUGAUGUGUACAA